AUGCCGUCCGUGCCCUUGAACGAAUUCGAGCCUACGACCGGAUUGCAAAACAAGGCCGGAAUCAUGCGGAAAUCCAGUGCUUGUCUUCUCUCGAAAUUUGAGCCACUUUGCAACAGUCAUCGACGGCAGCUGGCACAAACGUGUGUCCAAGUGCUUCGUGAGCAAGGAAUGGAGCUGCAGUACGAUUCCAAAUGUGUCGGCAUCCAAGAAAUGGACCAUUCCACAGUUAUCACCGCGUUUGCCGAUGACUAUCCUGAAGAAGCUGAUUUCUUGAUCGGAUAUGACGGCAAUCAUUCUGGCACCCGCAGUCUCUGA